AUGAGUUCUGCUGUAGAUAACUGGGCCAAGAGACUGGAAAGCAGCUUGCUGAAUGUCAUCCCGUCCGACUUCACACUAACAACAGAGGGCAAGGUUGUUUCGUCGAGUUUUGUCACCGAUAUUCCUAGUUCAGUCAAGCAGGCACUGUCUUCUUUGGCCAAGGCAGCUGGUGCUUCGGAGUUCGAUGUUUUUACCGCCUUGUUCUUGUCUCUGGUAUACCGCUAUACUGGCGACGAGGACGUUGUUGUGGGCUCACAGAUCGAAGACGGCACACACAUGAUCUUGCGUGCGCCAGUCACUGGUACUACCACUUUUGCUGAUCUGAUCAAGGCUGUCACCGAGAGCAGGGAAUUCGCAACCACGCACGUGGCGAACCACUCGGAGAUUCAAGAUAAGACUGGUGAGCUUUUCAGAACAUUGGUGUUGCCUCGCAGUUCCAAUGGUUAUCCUGUGCUGAAGGAUCUUGCCCUUAUCGUUGAUGCAAACAAGCUCGAGCUUAGUUUCAAUUCUCUUUUGUACAAGGAACAGAGGAUCAACUUUGUUGCCCAACAGAUCUUCCAACUGGUUGUCAAAGUGGCUUCUAAUCCUUCAGAGCCGUUGGCUAAGAUUUCGCUUAUCACGCCUGAACAAGCUGGUAUUAUUCCAGACCCUACUGCUAACCUUGAUUGGUGCAAUUACAGAGGUGCAAUUCAGGAUAUUUUUGCUAGAAAUGCUGCCAAACACCCCAGCCGUCUUUGCGUAACGGAAACUGCCAACAAACUUGAGCCUGAAUCCAAGACCCGCACGUUCACCUACCAACAGAUCGACGAGGCCUCCAAUGUGGUUGCCCACAGCUUGAUUGCAAGUGGAAUCGUUGUGGAUGACGUUGUUAUGAUUUAUGCUUAUCGUGGCGUAGAUCUUGUUAUCACCAUCAUGGGUGUCUUAAAGGCCGGUGCCACUUUCUCGGUUAUCGACCCUGCAUACCCUCCGGCCCGCCAAAACGUUUAUCUCAGUGUUGCCAAACCUAAAGGAUUGAUUGUUUUGAAAAAGGCAGGUAUUUUGGCGCCUCUGGUGAAGGAGUAUAUCGCCGAUAAGUUGCAGCUCAAGACUCAGAUCACAGGUCUCGAGCUUCAGGACGAUGGAUCUGUCGACAGUGAUGGCGAUGCUUUGAAGUCUUUUGAGCUUAGUAGGACCAAGCAAACAGGAGUCGUAGUUGGCCCAGACUGUCACCCGACUCUUAGCUUCACAUCAGGAUCUGAAGGAGUUCCUAAGGGUGUUCGUGGCCGUCACUUUUCCUUGGCAUACUAUUUCCCCUGGAUGUCAGAAACUUUCCAUCUCAGCGAGAAUGAUAAAUUCACAAUGCUUUCUGGUAUCGCUCACGAUCCUAUUCAACGUGAUAUUUUCACACCACUUUUCUUAGGUGCUCAGCUUCUCGUACCUUGUGCUGACGAUAUUGGUACUCCUGGUCGACUGGCUGAAUGGAUGGCCGAAAACGGUGCUUCUGUCACUCACUUGACCCCUGCUAUGGGUCAGUUGCUGUCUGCUCAGGCGACUGCCGCAAUCCCCUCUCUUCACCAUGCCUUUUUUGUCGGUGAUAUUUUGACCAAGCGUGACUGCAUCAAGCUUCAGGCUUUGGCUCACAACGUCAACAUCAUCAAUAUGUACGGUACAACUGAAACUCAGCGUGCUGUUUCGUACUUUGAGGUGCCUAGCGUCGCCAAAAACGGUGUCUUUUUGCAAACUCAAAAGGAUGUUAUUCCCGCCGGUAAAGGUAUGCUGAAUGUUGAGAUGUUGGUCGUGAACCGAAAUGACCGCACUCAAAUCUGUGGCGUUGGCGAAGUGGGUGAAAUUUAUGUUCGUGCAGGUGGUUUGUCUGAUGGAUAUCUUGAGUUGCCCGACAUGACCGCCCAGAAGUUCUUGAACUCGUGGUUCGUGGAAGAAGGCCAUUGGGAAGAUACUGUCCCCAGCGAUGCUCCUUGGAAAAAAUACUGGAAGGGCCCACGUGAUCGCCUCUACCGCACUGGCGAUUUAGGUCGCUACUUGCCGGAUGGUAACACAGAGUGCUCUGGUCGUGCUGAUGACCAGGUCAAAAUUCGCGGUUUCCGUAUCGAGCUGGGUGAGAUCAACACCCACCUUUCUCGCCACCCAGCUGUUCGUGAAAACGUCACCUUGGUCCGCCGUGAUAAAGACGAGGAACCAAUUUUAGUCGCAUAUAUCGUCCCUGAGACCGACAAAGAUGAUAUGCUGAGUGCUCAUGAGAGUCUUGAUGAAGAGGAUGGUGCUGAUCACGUUGUAAAGGGGCUGGUGCAGUACCGUCGCCUGAUCAAAGACAUCCGCAAUUAUUUGAAGACAAAGUUGCCAUCCUAUGCUAUUCCUAGUAUGAUUGUGCCACUUUCUCAAAUGCCUUUGAACCCUAAUGGCAAGAUUGACAAGCCACGCCUACCAUUCCCCGAUACUGCACAGUUGGAUCUUGUUUCUCGACAUGUCAAGCCUACUGCCGCAGAAACUGACGCCCUCACUGCCACGGAGGUACAGGUGCGUGAUUUGUGGGUCAGCAUUUUGCCUCGGAAACCUCCCCAAGUUGAGCCAACUGACAGUUUCUUCGAUUUGGGCGGUCACUCAAUUCUGGCUACAAAGAUGAUUUUCGAGGCUCGUAGUAAGCUCGGCGUACCAGAAUUACCACUCGGUGCAAUCUUUGCUCACCCUACUGUGGCUGAGUUUGCCAAAGCGGUUGACAGUCUGCGGUCUUCGACAGUCUUGACUGAAACUCCUGGCUCUGUUGCUAAAAGAGGUAAGAAAGAAGUGUCGUAUGGUGAUGAUGCGGACCAGCUCGCGUCAAAGUUGCCCGACUAUGUUACACCGACGCUCCCCUUGUCGCCUCAUCAGAAACUUACUGUGUUCCUUACUGGUGCCACUGGAUUCCUUGGAUCAUUCAUCAUUCGCGAUCUUCUAGAGCGCUCACAAAACGUCCACAUUGUUGCUCAUGUCCGAGCAAAGGAUGCUAAGUCUGGCCUAGCCCGUAUCAAAAACACUGGACUUGCCUACAAUGUUUGGAAAGAUGAGUACGCAUCCAAGAUUGAGGUUGUUAUUGGCAAUCUGGAGCACGAGCACUUUGACCUUCCCGACGAUCAGUGGGCUUCUCUGUGCAAUCGCAUUGACGUUAUCAUCCAUAAUGGUGCACUCGUCCACUGGGUUUACCCUUAUAGCACUUUGCGGGGGCCCAAUGUCGUUGGCACUAUCAACGUGAUGAGUCUAUGUGCAAGUGGCCGUCCCAAAUACUUUUCGUUUGUCUCCUCCACCUCAGCUGUUGAUACCGAUUACUAUGUUGAGCUCAGUGAUCGUCUUGUGGAGCAGGGUCUCCCCGGUAUUCCUGAAUCCGAUAACCUUGAGGGCUCCCGUAACGGACUUGGUUCUGGCUAUGGCCAAUCUAAGUGGGCAGCGGAACAUAUUAUCCGUGUUGCUGGUUCAAAGCAUGGUUUGCGUGGUACUAUUAUUCGCCCUGGUUAUAUUCUUGGAGAUAGCACUACCGGUGUUUCCAAUACCGAUGAUUUCCUUCUCCGCAUGGUCAAGGGAUCUCAACAGCUGGGACAAUACCCCAAUAUUGCAAACUCUGUAAACAUGGUUCCGGUGGAUCAUGUCGCUCGUCUUACCGUUGCUGCCGCUCUUCAUCCUCCUGAGGCCUCUGGUGUUUCUGUGGUGCACGUAACUUCACAUCCCCGAAUCCAGUUUACUGAGUUCUUAGGUUGCCUUGCAAACUACGGUUAUGAUGUUUUACCGGCUGAGUACCUCCCAUGGCGCGUUGCACUCGAAAAGUAUGUUGUUGAGCACGGAGAUAGCGCACUCUUCCCGUUGCUUCACUUCGUAUUAGAUGACUUGCCCCAAAGUACAAAGGCACCUCACCUUGAUGAUUCGAAUGCCGUCAAGUGCUUGAAGAGUGACUUUGAAUGGACUGGCGUUGAUAAAUCAGAAGGCGCUGGUAUUGACGAGAAGCAGCUUGGUGUCUAUUUCUCAUUCCUCGUCGCAUGUGGCUUUAUGGAGCCUCCUUCCAAGUCGGGGCGUCUGCCUGAGCCCCAAAUCACUAAGGAGGCCCUUGCUAACUUCGCCAAUGCUGGCGGUAGAUCACUUUAG